AUGGCUCUUGCCAAAUCUAACUUAGAGACAGCUCUAGGCUGCGAUAAUUGUAAUGAAAAUGAUGAAAACGGAUCCGCAAUUGGAGGCAGCAUGCCAUCUAAUGAAAAUCAAAAAGAAAAUGUUGAUGACGAAGUUUCAGAGAUGUGUGAAAGUUGUAACGAAGAAUUACCGCCAAAAACUGGUAAAAAAGCGCCGAAAGUUGACGCUGACCCGCCAAUUCAGCCGCCAAAAAACAAAAGAAGAAAAAUAAAUGAUGCUUUCGAUGAUUAUGUGAAAAAAUUGGACUACAACAUUCUUUGUUUGAAUUUCAUGAAGUUACACAACUUCAUUGAUACUGAUGAAAUGAAUGUAUUGUAUCUCCCUUUUUUUUAUCAUGUGAAAGCUUACCAGGAGUUUUUUAUAAUGGUGAUUGAUAAUAUGGAGUUAUUGGAAUCACAGUCCUUAGAUGAUUAUAAAUAUAGAGAUGUUUGUGACAAAGUAAUGCAGGCAAUGAUGUUAAAGAAGGCUGAUUUCAAACUGGCACACUCAUACAAAUACAUAGAGCAUGUUAAAAAUUUAAUACUAACAGUUGAGAAGCAGUAUUUUGGUACGGCUAACGAGACACCCGUGUUGUCAACAUCAAAUUCUGAAACCGAGUUAUCAGCAUCGGCAACAAUGUCCACGGAAAGCCAAAGGUCAACGCCCUCGGACCAAGUAUCAAACGGUUUCAAGACCCAUUGUCUUCGAGUGACACUGGCUUUCAUUCAAAACGCAGCGACAAAGUCUAAAAUAUUCCCGGAAUUGAGUGACGAACAGAUAGAGUAUCUACACAGUUUAGUAGGAAAUGAAGAAAUACAGGACAGUGUUCAAGACAUACAAGUCUUGUACAAGAACCUGUGUGAUGGGCUCAAAGUAUUUUAUAAGAAUUACGAUUUGAAAAUGCAGACUGUCGAGUCUGGGAAUGAGAAAAAGUACCUGUUAAUGGAAAAAGUAGAAAAACCGAAGCCGCCUGAAACCUCUGUGAUAUCGCAACAAAGUGAUAUUAAUAUAAGUACUAAUAUGAACCCACCGCUACCUGAAACUUCAAAUAAUGAAGUACAAGACGAUGCGCCAAAGUCUACUAACACAAAAGGGAACCAAAUGCAUAUAAGUGCCACAUUCGCUAAGCAAGCUCUCACCAAUAUACUAGAGUUCUUGGCCGAUGACGAAACAACGACUGUGUUCUCCCCAAACGACAGCGCUGAAUUCUGGUUCUACAAGCGCUGUAUAAAAUGGAAGAAUCCAGACGUACGAGUAGAAUGGACGCAAGAAACACGUCAACUAUAUAGAAAACUAAAGGAAGUACAGAAUGUAUACAGAGUGGUGGCCAGUAUGAAGAAAUAUAAAAAGAAGAAGGGUUCCACUGAUCCUAAGAUAAAGUUUCACCAAGUAAUUUACAACAAGAUUCCGAUAGCUGUCAACCCAGGAGGUUCAGAAAGCAAAAAGAAGAAUAAAAUUAAAUUGAAAGAUUUAAUAAAUAUAAACGGUGUCACUGAGAAUAUACCCGCCGAUGUUGUAAAGAAAAGAUUGAGGCGCAAGAAGAAAGAUAAAGCAAAUAAAAAUAAAAUGUUAAAAAAACAGGAACAAAUCGUGAGCGAUAUAGAAUCAAGAAACAACACUGUUUCUGGGGAUUCUGAAACUGAUACUGAAAGUUCGAGUCUCACUUCUAGUGUAGACAAGAAGACUGUACGGGGGAAACCCAAGAAAGUCAACGAGAAGAUAGACUGGCGAGGUAUCGAGUUGGAACGUAAGGGCAAGCUGAGGGAAGGGUUGGCUAAUCCUGUACAAAGCGAUAAGGCUAUGCGUAUGAUGCGCGGUAUGGGAUGGAGUGGGGGAGCGCUCGGAGCGAGGGGCAACGGUAUCAUAGAACCGAUAAUGCUAGAAAUAGACCAACCAAAAUGUGUCGGCUUCGGUCACAAGAAGAGGGAAAAAGCAAAACAGGAGGCUCUUCAAACGAAGAAACCAUUUCCUAAAUCUACACAAGAUUGGAUAAACAGUGACGAGCAGGCGGACACACAGCCCUUAGACACCGAUGUUAUAGUAGAGAAAACGAAACAACUACUGCAAGAAAACAUAUCUUUUGAUAUAAUCAAUAACGAAGAUUUUAAAGUACCGAAAGUCCCAGAAAAGGUGGCUCCAAGGUCAAAAACACCAGAAGAUGAUGAUCAAAGCUCAGAAAUGCUGACAAAUGAGUCACAGAACGGUUCAAAAAUGCCAAUUAAUGAGCUUGAGAGUACAGAAAUGUUGAAAAAUGAGUCUCAAAGUUCAGUAACUGCGAAAAAUGAGCCUCAGAUAUCCAAAGAUCUAAUAAAUGAACCAGCGAGCUCCGAAAUGCCUCAAAAUAAACCCCUAACUUCAAAAACUCCAGCCAUUGAGCCACAGAACUUAAAACCGCUGACAAAUGACCCACAAACCUCUACAAAACCGGAAAGUAAUCCCCAGAUAUUUACACCAUCGAAGGAUCAUCCCCAAUGCUCAAAAUCACUGCAAAAGUCUGCGACUAUAAAAACGCCUCCAAAAGAGCCCAAAGUCUCAAAAACACCGCAAAAUGAGCCCCAAACCUCAAAAUCACCGCAAAAUAAGCUCCAGCCUCCAAAAGACCAGCGACAAAACGCAACCACUAGGAAAACAAUCACAUACAACUCCAGUUUACAAACCACAGAUGAUCAAAAUAAAGAAAAAUCACCUUUGACCGAAUCUCUAACUUCUAGAAAGGUGCUAACGUCACCACGGAACAUAAGGAGCGACUUUUUACAAGCGAUGCUAGAUAUAUUCACGAAAAACUUACAAAUGAAGACGUUACAAUAUUUCAAAAAUUUCAUAACUAAAGAGAAGAAUUUCGUUAGACAUGCUUUGGAAUAUUUAAAUCUUGAUAAACCUAGGUACUUCUUUCCAGAAGAAAGAAGUAUUGUGAAGAAGAUUUUGGACGAAUAUCGCGAAAGGCCUACUAUUGUGGUUAAAGCUAUAUUGUCAGAUAGUAAGAAAGAGCUAAGUCUACGGCCAGUACCACUAAAAUUACUACCAAUAAACCAGCUAACGAAUGAAGAGAAUAUAAACACAUACAUACACACAUUGUUACCAAUAUUUGCAACGCAAAGGGAAUUUUACAUGUUAAAAUUAAAAUUAUCUACAUUGAUAAGUCUUAAAGACUUUGUGACAUCUGAAAAUGAAGAACUAGAAAUUGACUUUAGAAAGGUUUUAAAUAGGAAACAAGUUACUUUUAUAGAGCGCGCCGUUGAAAGUAUCAAUCUGAGAGUAAAAAAUGGCAGCUGUCCGGCUGAAGUUAGGAUUUUUAAUGAAAUCUUGAAUAAAUUGAAGGACAAUAAUAUGUUGUAUGUUGGAGUUAUGUUCGAUCAUUCGUAUAGGUCACUAACGUUCUCAAAAUACUACCACAAUAUUGCGCCAAACCGUAAUAAAACUAAAGAAAAAUCCCAAACUAUAAUAUCAUUGGAUAGCACAAGUGAUAGUUCCAGUAGCCCGCCUUAUAGAAAACCAAGCAGACCUAUCAUCACUGAAGCGGAUAUCACUGAUGAUGACGCAAGCAGUUUGAGCGAAGAUAUCAAUUUACCUAAACUCACUACGCCUCCAGGCCGACAACGGGUAAACCUCAAAGAAUACGCUAAAAUGUACAACAAAUCUAACGAAAAAGAGAACACGUCGAUAGCUGAAAAGAUUGUCAGUAUAAUGGAAGGUAAAGAGACUGAUUAUGAGGGUAAAAUUGAUGAUAAAAAGGGUAAUUUUGAUCUAAGUGGUAAAAAACCAGUGAAUCGUACGAAUUAUGUAAAUGAAAAUUGUGAUACGUCAGUGGAAUACGUCGUAUGUGUUGAUUAUCAAGAAACAGUUAUUGAUGUUGAUAAAAGUGAAGUAAAAGAUACUAAUAACGGAAAUGAUGAAGCUACUAUUAAGACUAAUACUGAAAAAGAUACAACUGUUGGUCUGGGUGACCAAAAUGUGUCUGUGAAUAAUCAUUCCACGAAUGUAAGCAAAGAGAAUGAAAUAAAUGUAAUCAAAAAUUUUCGAUUUGGACCGAUAGUUAAUGGUGCCGAAUCAAAUGAUAUUUUGAAGACAGACUGUGAUAUGCCUAAAGUUAAUUUAGAUUUAAGCGAAAAUAUUUGUGAUAAAAACGCGAACAGUUUGGAAGAGACAGUCAAAUUGAGAAGUGGAAUGAAAGUGGCGUACAUAUUACAUGUCAAUGAUCCGAUAGAGAAAAUUGAUUUAGAAAAAGCUAAAGAAAUUCAGAGAGUUAUAUCUGAAAAUGUAAUUAAAGGUACUCAGUUACCGUUGCUAAAAUGUUAUGGUUAUCAAGAUGACUCCUUUAUUUAUUCUUGUCAAAACCAAGAGUCAUUUGAAUGGCUCGAGAGAAUCAUUCACUCCAUUGGAGACUUAAAAAUAUUCACUAAAACACACACAAAAAUGUUAUUAACAUUAAGAUCUUUUUACGAUUUUUCUAGUGAUGUUUUGUUUAAAAUGUUAGAAUUGUACAAUGAAGGACUUUCUACUAAAUAUUGGGAAGUUGAGUGCAAGAGAAGUAAAGAUGAUAUGAUCAUAUUUGUUGUUAAAAUGGACGAUUCGUCCAUUGAUUUUAUAUGUGAUUCCAACAUGGCGCUGUAUGCUGGUGUUGAUAAGAUCGAAUUUAGUCUGGUCUAA